UUUUUUUUUUUUUUUUUCUCCCCCAUUUUAUUUUAUCUGCUGUUUUGUUCAGAGAUUCCACUAUUACAGGUUCUGCCCGGCCAUGUGACUCCCCUGGCCCCGGAGUUCUUGGAUCCAGCACUCACACAGAAAGCCUUUGCCCACAAUGUCAGCAGCGCACAGCACAUGCCUGCAGAGAACUCCAAAGUUCCGCAACUCGAGGGCAUGUUUCUUCCUGAGCAGGGGAGAGAGGCCAGCUCCUCAGCAAAAGCCAUGCAGUCCAAGGAAGGUGACCCUCCCAAUUCCUCAGCGAAAAUCACGCAGCCCAGGCAAGGCAACACAUCCAGUUCCCCAGGCAAAACGGUCCUGCCUAAAGAGGGCAGCAUCUUUAAUUCCUCUAGGAAAACCACUCUUCCCAAAGAGGGUAACCCUGCUAAUUCCUCAGAAAAACCCAUCCCAUCUAAGCAGAGUGACUUCUUCAAUUUUCCAACUAAAACUAAUCCCCUUAAAUACAAUGAUACUCAUAUAUCCCCAGGUAAAAGCACCCUUCCUAACGAGGAUAACACCCCUAGUUCAUCAGCAAAAACCAUCCCAACCAAGCAGAGUGACAAUCUCAUUUUCUCAAAAAAACUCAUCCUAUCCAAGAAGAACAGCAUCCCCAAGUCCUCAGAAAAAUACGUUUCACCCAAAUUGGAUGACACCUCCAAAUCUCCAGAAGAAACCAUUCAGGCAAAGCAGGGCAACCCUCCGAAGCCAUCAGAAAAGAACAUUUCAUUCAAGCCGGGAGUCACCUCCAAAUCUCCCGAAGAAACGGUCCAGCCAAAGCAGAGCUAUACCCCCAGGCUGUCAGAAAAGACCAUUUCAUUCGAGCUGGGUGUCACCUCCAAAUCUCCAGAAGAAGCCAUUCAGCAAAAGCAGGGCUACACUCCCAGGCUAUCAGCAAAAUCCAAUUCAUUCAAGCCGGGUGACACCUCCAAAUCUCUCGAAAAAACCUUCCAGCCAAAGCAGGGCUACACCCCCAAGCUAUCAGAAAAGAGCAUUUCAUUCGAGCUGGGUGUCACCUCCAAAACUCCCAAAGAAGCCUUCCAGGCAAAGCAGGACUAUACUCCCAGGCUAUCAGAAAAGAACAUUUCACCCAAGUGGGGUGCCACCUCCAAAUCUCCAGAAGAAACCAUCCAGCCAGAGGAGGACAACACCCCCAAGUCCUCAGAAAAAGUCAUCCAGCUCAAGGAGGGUGACACCCCCAAAUCCUCAGAAAAAGUCAUCCAGCUCAAGGAGGGUGACACCCCCAAAUCCUCAGAGAAGGAAGUCGUCCAGCUCAAGGAGGGUGACACCCCCAAAUCCUCAGAGAAGGAAGUCAUCCAGCUCAAGGAGGGUGACACCCCCAAGUCCUCAGAGAAGAAAGUCAUCCAGCUCAAGGAGGGUGACACCCCCAAAACCUCAGAGAAGGAAGUCAUCCAGCUCAAGGAGGGUGACACCCCCAAGUCCUCAGAGAAGAAAGUCAUCCAGCUCAAGGAGGGUGACACCCCCAAGUCCUCAGAGGAAACCAUCCAGCCUGCAGAAGGUGACGUCGCGGCAGAAGAAACCGAGGGGCUCUUGAAGGUCGACAUGGUGAAAAUGAUCCUGAGCAAAGAGGAUUUUGACUUGGCGCUCAAGGAGGCAGGGGAGAGGCUGGUGGCCGUGGUCUUCUCGGCCGUGUGGUGUAUGCCUUGCAGGACCAUCAAACCCCUUUUCUGUUCCCUGUCUGUGAAGCACGAGGAUGUAGUGUUCCUGCACGUGGAUGUUGAUGACUGUGAGGAGCUGGUGAAAGACCGUGGGAUCAUUUAUGUCCCAACCUUUCAGUUUUAUAAAAGAGAAGAAAAGGUGCGUGAGCUCUGUGGUGCCCUUAAGGAAGAUCUUGGAACAAUCAUUGCAGAAUUAAAGUAGUGCAUUCUGAAAGCAUUACGGAGAGUCAACUGGUCAUAGCUUGUGAUUUUUUUUUGUUUAUUUACAAAAAAAAGGUAUAACAAAAGUGUAUAUCCAAAUGAUACUUAAUUAUAAAUUAGAAAUGUCAAUUCUAUUCAUGUCAAAAACUAGUUAGAGCACUAAAACGUAUUGUGACCAUAUUUUUCUUAAUAGAAAACUGUGAUAUCAGAGUUCCUUUGGUGGAGAUUGGAAGUCCAGCUGUCCCCUACUUUUUUAUCUAGAUUUUUUAUUCCCUCCCCCUCCCCACUCACCGUUGAAAAUUCAGCUCAUUUCCUGUUAGCAGAGACAUUGGAAAUUUAGAAAUUCUCUAGAACAGUGGUCAGCAAACUCAUUAGUCAACAGAGCCAAAUAUCAACAGUACAACGAUUGAAAUUUCUUUUGAGAGCUAAAUUUUUUAAA